AUGACCAAAUCAACUCGACCUGUUAUCUCGCUCAUAGUAGCAGCAUUACAACCCAACUUAGGAAUCGGCGCCAAGGGAAAACUUCCGUGGAGAUUAAAACAAGAAAUUAAGUAUUUCAAGGAUGUCACCUCUCAUGCUCCAGAAGGCAGUAUCAACGCGGUGAUUAUGGGCAGAAGAACAUGGGAAUCGAUUCCUCCCAGGUUCAGACCGCUACCUAACCGUAUCAACGUGGUGCUUUCGAAUUCCUACACCAAUGUCACUGAGAAUGGUGUCUUGUACUUCAAUAGUUUAGACAAGGUCAUGGAGACAUUCGAAAGGGCCGGAUUCAAACACGAAAAACAGGAAAUUGGCAAGAUAUUCAUCAUUGGAGGGGCCCAAGUAUAUAACUCUAUGAUUCAAGAUGGUCGUGUUGACAAGUUGCUUGUGACUAAUGUGAAGUAUGUUGGAGAUGACGAGACCAUGCCCGUUCUUGAUACUUUCUUGGAUUGGGAUUUGUCCAAGUGGGAGAAAAAAGAAGUCUCCGAGCUCAAAAAAUUUGCUGACGUUGAUUUCAGCGAAGGGGUCAUCAAGGAAAACGAUUACGAGUAUGAAUAUACCAUUUGGGAGAGAAAAUGA